AUGAGAGGUGGAACAGAAGACAAACGAUUUAUGAAAUUCGGAAAGAGCAUUGAUAACGAUGACGAAAAAAGAUUCAUGAGAUUUGGAAAGAGUGCUGAAGCCGAUAAAAGAUUCAUGCGAUUCGGGAAAAGCUUAGAGGCCGAUAAAAGAUUUAUGCGAUUUGGUAAAAGUGGAGACGAUGAAAAAAGGUUGACAAGAUUUGGUAAAAGUGUCAACGGUGAAGACAAAGAAAAAAGAUGUAUGCGAUUUGGAAAAUCAACGGAAGACAAAAGAUUUAUGAGAUUCGGGCAAGACCAAGCAGAAAAACGAUUUAUGAGAUUCGGCAAGUCGUCGAUGGAAGAUAAAAGAUUUAUGCGAUUUGGGCGAAAGUAA